AUGGUUGAGAGAGCCGCUGAGCGCAGCGCGCGAGCUGCUGGCGGGCCACGAGCGCCGACACCCGCACCUCUUCUCCAGCCUCAAGACUGCUCUGCUCCCGCUCAUUGCUGCCAGGUCUGUUAUAUCAUUAAAUCCCCCGAGCAGUGUGAGUGUGAGAGAGAGCCGCUGAGCGCAGCGCGCGACCUGCUGGCGGGCCACGAGCGCCGACACCCGCACCUCUUCUCCAGCCUCAAGACUGCUCUGCUCCCGCUCAUUGCUGCCAGGAAUGUAGACAGAGAGAGUGCAGAGCGCAGACACAGGAAGAAGUCAGUCAUACAGAUGAGGAAUGGCGCACCUGUUGUUGACUCCGAUGACGGCUCGGAAGAAGAACCAGUGCCAUAGACCAC